AAAUUGCUAUAGACAUGUUCUCAAUAAAUGAUGAGGAAUUACUAGAUAAACAGUCAAUAAGUGUUAUUAUAUUCCAUAUUCCUUAAGACACCAUGAUCUUUAGAGAAUUACUGUUAUUUAUUUUGGCAGUACUUAACAAGAUUGAUUCCGUGACUGAAUAAUCAUAUGUUUCCUUAUUACUCUAGGGCAAUGAAAAAUUCCAUAUAAUUUAUCCAUUUGACAUCAUCCAUAAUGCGUUGAUAUAAAUAUCGAAAAUGAGUAUAGUAAAUUCCAUUGUAUGGUGUUAUCCCGAUUAUUAUCAAAAUGAAAAAAGUGUGCUCCCUUAUUUGGUUGACGUUCAUUGCAAUAUCGUAUUUCUGCAGAGGUUUACAGAGUGUUUCAGAAAUUCCAAACUUUCCUUUGAAUAAUGGAAAAAAGAUUCCAUCUAUUGGAUAUGGGACUUGGAUGGCAAAUGGUCAAGAUUUAGAAAACGCUCUUGAAGUCGCCUUAGAAGACGGUUAUAGAUAUAUUGAUACUGCUUUUCUAUAUGGAAAUGAAAAAGUAGUUGGAAAAGUUUUAAAUCGCUGGAUAACAGAUGGAAAACUGAAAAGGGAAGAUCUGUACAUAUUGACUAAGUUACCACCUAGUGGUAAUCGCCCAGAAGGGGUUUCCAAAUAUUUGAAAAAAUCCUUGGAAAAUCUCCAACUUGACUACGUAGAUAUGUAUCUUAUUCAUGUUCCUUUUGCAUUCAAUGAAAUUGGGGAUAAUUUAUUUCCUUUUCAUUCGAACAAAACUAUAAAUAUGGAUUCUUCAACGGAUCUAAAGGCUAUUUGGAAGGAAAUGGAAAAACAAGUGGAUGCUGGCUUAACAAAAGGCAUAGGCCUGUCAAAUUACAACGAAACUCAAAUAAAAAAGGUAUUAGAAUAUUCUAGGAUUAAACCUUGUACUCUACAAAUUGAACUCCAUCCUUAUCUGCAACAGAACAAGCUCGUUGAGUUUUGUAAAAAGAAUGAAAUCCUUGUUAUUGCGUACUCCCCAUUGGGUUCACCAGGGCUUACUAAAUUCUUCGAAAAUUUCCAGAAAAAAAUUGACCGCCCAGAUAUUCUUGGAGAUUCUACACUGAAAGCUAUUGCAGCUAAAUACUCGAAAACAACCGCUCAAGUACUUCUCCGUUUCUUUACUCAAAAUGGAAUUGUCCCUAUCCCAAAAAGUACGAACCCGUCUAGGAUCAAAAUGAACAUAGAAAUCUUCGAUUUUCAACUUAAUGAUCAGGAAAUGAAUGAAAUCAAAGCUCUAGACAAAGGCCAGAGGCUCUUAAACUUCUCUGAGUUGUUUGAUGGCAUAGAUAAACAUCCUGAGUAUCCUUUCAAAUCGCAAUGAAAAUGGUAACAUGAGCAUAGUGAAUAGUUAUUAGUUAAUUGUCAUGAUAAUUUUAUGACCUGAGAAAUCUACAAUUAAAGAAACAUUUUUUCAUCAUUCAAUUUGAGAUAACCUCUUAGUGCAAAUUUAUUACAAUUUCAGUGUAACACGCCAAUCAGAAUCCUUAUUGAAAUGUGAAUUUACGCUUGUUUCUAAGCAUACUUUUUGGUAUUAAUAAAUCACAUAAAUAGAAUGAAAACAUUUGAGGUCAUUUAUUUCCUUGAAUACCUGAAAUCGAACAUAUGUUGCAAUAAUGUUUUUUCUGUUGUUGAAAUUACAUGAUUUUUCAUAUGGCAAAUUUUUUCGGUAAGCUAUUAAAUCAGCCUGAAUAAUUUAACUAUAUCUCAUAA